AUGCCAUUGGUUGUAGUUACAGGGUACCCGUGUUCGGGCAAGACUACUUGGGCCAAGCGAUUGAAAAGUGAGUUAGAGCGGAGGAUUUUGGCGGCCAAAGCUAAUUCUGAUCCUGGGUACAACUACAAGGUUACAUACUAUAGCGAUGAGACAUUUGGAAUUACUCAUGAUGUUUAUGGGGACUCAACUAAGGAAAAAAUCGCGAGAGGCUCCCAGAUAUCUGCUGUUAAAAGAGACUUGUCUAAGAAUAACAUUGUUAUAUUGGAUUCCAUGGCGUAUAUCAAGGGGUUUCGAUAUCAGCUAUAUUGUGAAUCAAAGGGAAUGGCAACGUCGCAUUGUGUAUUGCACGUUAUUGCCCCCUUGGAUAAGUGCCUUGAAUGGAAUGCCAAAGUUGCUCAACAAGUACAAUGGGACGUAGACAUAAUGAAACAGUUGCAAAUGAGAUACGAGGAGCCCAAUAGGGACGCAAAGUGGGAUUCACCUUUAUUUGAAGUAACGCAUAUGGAAGGUGAUUUAUUGCCCAUGGACGAAAUUUGGAAUGCAUUGGUUUUGAAGAAAGCGCCUGUUCCAAACGCAGCAACCACAAUCCAAUCCACAUCGGAUAACUCCUUUUUACAAGAGUUGGAUAGAAGAACCCAUGAAGUGAUUUCAACGGUGCUUCAGCAACAGCAACUCACGGGAGGACGAGUGCAGAUAGAUAAGGAUCUAAUUGUCACUAUACCUAUGGGGACGGCAAGCACAGCCCAACUACAGAGAAUAAGAAGGUCGUUUAUCAGCUUGAAUCGAAUGAGAACAAUCGAGAGAGAUCGAAUAAUACCUUUCUUUGUGGAUUACCUUGAUAGAAGCUUAAAUAAUGAAGAUUAA